AUGAAAGCCCACCUCGACCCGGGCACGUGCGACGAUGCGACGCUCCUUCGCUUCCUGCGCGCGCGCAAUUUUCAGGUCGACGCCGCGCUGGCACAAUAUCGAGAGGCACAGCGCUGGCGGCAAGACAACCGCCUUCGGGUCGUCGCGCCGCUGGACGACCUCGGCGCGCGCUUCUACUACGGCCUCAACGCCUUCUUUGGGAGCGAUCGGAAGGGACGGCCCAUCUACAUCCAAAAGGUGGGCCUCGCCAGCGGCCGCUUCGACGAAGCGUACAGGCACUUUGGCGACGGCGACAAGGCGAGAGACGCGCUGGUCGCGGGCUGGGUCUGGUGCCAAGAGGUGCAAGCGGCCCGAGCCGCCGAGGCGACGGAGCGGCUGGGGCGGCCUGUGGCGAAGCAGCUCGUGCUGAUGGACCUCGAGGGCCUUAACUACUGGCCCGAUCCCCGCGCCAUCUCCAUCUUCAAGGACUUUCUCCUCGUGAUACAGCGGUACUACCCCGAGACGCUGGGAGCGCUCGUGUUUGUCAACGCGCCGAUGAUCUUCACAGCGCUGUGGCGGAUGAUACGCGGCUGGCUCGACACGGAAACCGCAAGGAAGGUGCAGAUCUACGGAUCCAACUUCGAGGCGAAGCUGCGCGAACUCGUCGAGCCCUCGCAGCUGCUCCGCGAGUACGGCGGCACCAACGACUUCGACUUGCUGAGCAAGCCGCGCAGCCUGGCGGAGUGCCAGGAGUGCAUGGCUGAGUGGCUCGCCUCCGCUGAGCAGCUCAGGACACGCGGCACGACCCCCGCGCGCGAGCGUACGAGCUCGAGGUGGUCAGGUGCCGGCAGCUGGAGUAUAGCAACCUCUAGGGAGAGCAAAGGAUCAAGUUGA